CAAAACGGCGUGGGCGCCCAAGGGCUAGCCGUAAGGAUCAGGGCACUCCUCCGAUCCCAGCUGCUAGUCCCUCUACCCAAGCUGCUCCGCAGGAGGGAGGGAUGAGCAAUCCUUAAGUGGCCACCUUUGUUCAGGAACUUAUGGCAGAGAUAAGACGCCAAGCAUCUCCUGCCACAAGUGUGCCACCUCCAUCCCCAGUGGUUUCCACUCCUAUGGCCCUUGCUCCAAUUUCUUCUGCUCCUGCGGUGGGGUUGUGGAUUACCGAGGUGGAGCGGGGAUUUCGCCUAUUGAAGAUUGAUAACGACCUUAAGGUCGAUGUAGGCAGUUAUAUACUUACUGGGAAAGCAUUAACUUGGUGGGAGAGUUAUGUGAAGCUACACCAAGGAGAGCCUGAAUUGAGCACCUGGGAUAGUUUCAAGAAGGUGUUCAUGCAAGAGUACAUACCAGAUAGCAAAAGGCAGGAACUGCAAAGGGAAUUUGUAGAUUUAAAGCAAGGGUUAGGUACUGUUGAGCAGUACAAGGAGGAGUUUGACCGCUAUCUGCCUUUUGUGGGUAGCCAAGUUGGCGAUGAGCAAGCCAAGGUUGACAAAUUUUUGUGGGGCUUGAAUUCCAACAUUUAUUUGGCGGUAAACCAAUUUAAAUCCACCACUUAUAGAGAGGCUGUGGACAGAGCCAUAGAUCAGGAGAAGGCUAUGGCUAGAGUCACGUCCUUAGGACAGCCUAGUGUCGAGUCAUCCCUGGGGAAAAGAAAAUUUGAUGGGAGCCGUCAGUCCCUUUUCCUUGCACUGCCUAAGUCUGAGAUCAACAAGGUGGGGCACACCUGGGAUCAAUGCCGCACUGUUACUGGGGCUUGCUUCAAAUGUGGCCAGCAGGGACAUCGGAUUGCAAAUUGUCCACUGCUAGACCCCAAAGCUCAGAGUACUCAAUCUACCUCUCCGCAGAGUUUGCCUGUUAACUCUGAUUAUGCACAUGUUUUAUUUGAUUCGGGUGCAUCGCACUCCUUUAUUGCUCGAUCUUAUGUUCUGAAACGAGCUUUGCCUGUUGAUACCUCUGAUUGUGAACUGCAUGUGGACACCCCUUUAGGAGGGGUGAUGACUACUAGGGAGGUGUUUAGGACUGUGGAUAUUUGUGUUGAUGGAAGACAGUUGAGUGCUAGUCUGUUUGUUUUAGAUAUCUCCGAUUUUGAUAUUAUUUUGGGGAUGGAUUGGCUGUCAAAAUAUUUUGCCUCUAUAGACUGUCAUCGGAAAUGGGUAAUUUUUAAUAUCCCUGGUUUCCUAGUCUCCGUUACUGAUGCUAGUAGUGUGACAUCGAGACUAGAAGACAUACCGAUGGUGCAUGAGUUUCCGGAUGUAUUUCUGAAGGAUCUCCCAAGUCUACCUCCGGAUAGAGAGGUUGAAUUUGCUAUUGACCUUGUUCUUGGCACCGGACCUAUUUCCAAAGCACCAUACCGUAUGGCUCCUGCAGAAUUGAAGGAGUUAAAGAAGAAGGAUGGGAGCAUGAGGCUAUGCAUUGAUUAUUGGGAAUUGAAUAAGGUGACUGUGAAGAACCGGUAUCCCCUUCCUAGAAUUGAUGACUUGUUUGACCAUCUUAAAGGUGCUCAGGUAUUUUCUAAGAUUGAUCUUCGAUCUGGCUACCACCAGUUGAAGAUUAAACUGAAUGAUGUGCCAAAGACUGCCUUCCGCACCCGUUAUGGUCAUUAUGAAUUCAUAGUCAUGCCAUUUGGCUUGACAAAUGCCCCUGCCAGAUUUAUGGAUUUGAUGAAUCGGGUGUUUAGCAAGUACCUAGAUCAGUUUGUGGUUGUCUUCUUUGACGACAUUUUGAUCUACUCUUCUAGCUGCACUCUUCAUGAAAAGCACUUAAGAACAAUUCUCGAGACACUGAGAAGUGAGAGGCUGUUUGCUAAAUUCAAGAAGUGUGAAUUUUGGCUAGACAAUGUUGCAUUCCUAGGUCACGUUGUGACUAAGGAUGGAAUCUCUGUUGACCCCCAGAAGAUUGAGGCCGUGGUUGAUUGGAAAAGGCCAAAUAGUGUUGCAGAAAUCCGUAGUUUUCUAGGAUUGGCUGGUUAUUACCGCCGAUUUGUGGGGGAUUUCUCUAGAAUUGCUCUGCCAAUGACUCGUCUUAUCAGGAAAGACACCAAGUUUGAGUGGACUCUAGAGUGUGAGAAGAGCUUUUUGACCUUGAAAGAGAAGUUGGUCACUGCUACUGUACUUGCACUUCCAAUUAAUGGGGAAAGAUUCACUAUAUAUAGUGAUGCCUCUAAAAAGGGUUUGGGAUGUGUCUUGAUGCAAAAAGAUAGGGUUAUUGCAUAUGCUUCCCGACAAUUAAAGCCUUAUGAAGAAAAUUACCCUACCCAUGAUCUGGAGUUGGCAACCGUGAUAUUUGCACUAAAGUCUGGAGGCAUUAUCUAUACGUGGAAAUGGGAAAACAUCACCAUGGAUUUUGUGACCGGGUUACCACGUACCUUAAAGGGUAAUGAUUCCAUCUCGGUCAUCGUUGAUCGAUUGACCAAAUCAGCUCACUUCUUACCCUACCAGACUGGCACCUCCAUUGAGAAGCUUGCCAAUAUGUACAUGGAGGAGAUAGUCAAACUGCAUGGAGUCCUUAUACUUGAGGACAUGUUGAGGGCUUGUGUUCUAGAUUGGAAGGGUUCGUGGAAUCAACACUUAUCCAUGGCUGAGUUUGCAUAUAAUAACAAUUAUCAAUUGAGCAUCCGCAUGGCACUGUUUGAGGCUUUGCAUGGUCGAAGGUGUAGAUCACCUGUUUGUUGGACGGAAGUGGGCGAAAGGAGCAUUUUAGGCCCAGAAUUGGUGCAGCAAUCUUUUGAGAUUGUGCAAUUGAUCAAGGAAUGCCUUUGUACUGCGCAAAGCAGGUUUGGCAUCCGGGGAAAAUUGAGUCCGAGGUAUAUUGGACCAUAUCCUAUCUUGGAAAGGAUUGGCGAGUAUGUUCUUGACCUUAGUCACAUCAUUAAUCCCGAACCAAUUCAACUCCGGGAGGAUCUCACUUAUGACAAGCACCCGAUCCGCAUUUUAGAUUUCAAGGAGAGAAUAAUGCGGAGAAGGACCAUUCGUUUUAUUAAGGUCCUCUGGGACAACCAUUCGGUUGAAGAAGCUACUUGGGAGUUGGAAUCCAAGAUGAGGCAGGAACAUCCGCACCUCUUCCAAGAUUGAGGUAUGAGUUUAGAGGACUAAACUCCUUUUUAGGAGGGGUGGAUGUAAUACCCCAAAAAAAUUUCAAGCACAUU